AUGGUUGCUCUUCUGCGUGUACCUUCUUCUCUAGAGGAUCUUGCCAUACCUGCUGUUUGUAUAUUGAUUUUCUUUCUCUCGUACACCUCGCAAUUUCUAUUUCAUUACAUCGAGCCGGGACCGCUGGAAUGGGACGAGGCUUUGUGGUUUAACGGCUUUGUGUUGUGCAUAUGGUGGUGUUAUGACAGAGCUUGUACCGUGGAUCCGGGGCCGAGGGGGUGGGUGGAAAAGGUCGUGAAGUGGGAAAAGGAUGAGGACGAGGACGAUGAAGACAGUGAGAAUGAGGACGCCAAUUUGCCAAAAGGGAUGAGGUGGUGUAAGAAGUGUAAAAGUAUCAAACCACCACGGACACAUCAUUGCAAGAAAUGCAGGAGAUGUAUCCCCAAAAUGGACCACCACUGUCCCUGGACAUCCAACUGCGUCUCCCACACCAAUUUUCCUCACUUCCUUCGUUUCGUCUUCUAUGCUUGUCUUAGCAUGUCAAUUCUCGAGUACCAUCUCUACGUCCGCGCCUUGGUGAUAUGGUCUCAACGCUCCUUGCCCUCCUACCUGGGGCCCCCAGUCUGGGCUCUAGCACAUAUGAUGGUGCUUAUAGGAGUGAACACCCUCGUUCUAUUUGCCUUGCUCAUCUUAUUUAUCCAUGCUGCUCAUAAUCUCGCAACGAACACUACCACGAUCGAGAAUUGGGAGAUCGAACGACAUGAGGCGCUCGUCGAACGGGCACGUAAGAAUGGUGGAUGGGUAUACGCGAGUGGAGGUGAGAAAAUGAGGAUUGCAUCACAAGAGUUCCCAUACGAUAUUGGAGUCUGGAAGAAUCUGGUUCAGGGAAUGGGCACGUGGAAUAUUAUCAUGUGGUUUCUACCGUUCGGUGGCGCUCCUAGAAUAGAGGAUGCCGUCGAUUACGAAGUUAAUGGAUUUGAAGAUGACGACAAAUUAUGGCCGCCACCUGACCCGGAGAAGCUUGGAAGACCGUGGAAGAAAUCAGAUCCGAUUCCGGGUGGAGAAAUGAAGAGCUUUGAUUAUGGGACUGUGGAUGAGCAUAAGGAAGCGUUUCGGCGACGGCAGGAAGCAGAUUAUCUGCGACAGAGACGACUCCAGAAAGACGGCACUGAAAACACAGAGUCGCGAAUUAUUGAGCUGAGUGAGGACGAGGACGACAGCAAUGAUGGUGAAACUAUGCUUGAUAAGGAAACGUGGACAAAUGCAGAAGGCGAAACAUUAGGAGAUUUCGGUGUUGACGAGGAUGAAGAUGAAGAUGAUAUCCCAUUAGGCGAGCUUCUAAGACGGCGGAGAGCUAGAGCUCAUGAGGAAUAA